GACAUGACAGGAAUUUGAGUUCAAGUACGUAGUAACGAGUUCCGUUUUUUGUCUAUAAAAUAGUCGACAGCGCCCCGUAUCUCGCCUUUGCCGUAAAUCACUUUUAAUUACUCCCCGGUAGUUAAUCGCUCUUCUGAUCUAUUUUUACGUCGUAAGUUCAUCGGGUUAUUAUCGAAUCGGGGUCCAUUAAAACACAAACGCCGCGCUGCCGCUGCUGUAAUACGCUGGACGGCAUUGGAAUUGAUGAUAAGUGAUUCAUACAUGACUAACUUCCAUUAAGUAUUCAACUACUAGCCUGGCCUCAGUUGAUAUUCACCCGUUCGUUGUAAAGCAUGUGUGUUAUGUGCAGGCGCUCCGUUUUGCUUUAUUGUGUUGUGCGCCAUUUUUACGUAACUACAAGAUGAACGCCAGUCGCAGGCGAUUUAAUCACGGGUCGUCCACCGAUUUGAUGCCCAGUAUUAUGGGAGCGAUCGACGCGAUCUGGGAGGGAAGCAGAACGAGCGACACUGAGGAUAGUUGUCCGAAACGCACGUUGCAAGCGAACAAUUUCGCGAAUCUCUCGCACAACGUGCAAAAGAUUCUGGCGAAUGUUCCAGACGAGGAUCUCAAUAAGAACUUCAGCAGCGAGGAGAGUCUCAAGAAGCUCAAUCGUACUUACUCACGGACGCGGAUAUCGCCCGAAAAGUCGCACGAGGACAUUAUCUCGACGAACGUGCAAAAAAUGCUGUCCAACCUUCCAGACGUCGAGCUGGUGACGAAGCCAAAGACUUUGAGGAGCUCCAAGAGCUUCUGCACGUCGAGGCAGAGCUUCUUGUAUCGCGGCGGUGUUCCGGAUUUGACGGCCUCUUCCAGUGUUUGUGAUAGUUUAAGUGCAAUAGAUGUUAGUGAAGUGCCCAAACCUUUGGGGAGUUAUUUGCACACGUCGCCCUCGGGAAUUGCGUCGCGUACGCCGGUGGGACGCAAAAAUUUAAAACUCCUCCAGGUGCCCAGUGAAAGUGGAACGAAUAGCACAACGUCCUCGGAGGUGUCCAGGCCCGUUUCCCUGACGAGUUUGGGCUCGUGCUCGUCGAGCAGCAGCGGCGGCCAUCACCAGCAAAGUUCCGCUUAUUUGGCGUCCGCCGAGAGUUUGGAUAGUGAUCCAGAACCGACAGGAAGUCAAGGUUCGGCGGAUAGUGGAAUUGCGGAGCAGCCCACGAUGAGCCCCGAGCAAUGCGUCCUGCAGGAGGUUAUGGACACGGAGACGAUUUACGUGUCGGAUUUGCGGGAAGUUAUCGAGGGCUAUCUAGAUCCCUGGCGGACAGAUCCCGACUGCCCCCUCCAACCAUAUCUUCAAGAUCUCUUUAGUAAUUUAGAAGAAAUUUAUUUAUUCAAUCGAUCAUUCCUAGAAGAACUGCAAAAGACCAACUGCGAUCCGAGCCUGACGGCGAACGCCUUCCUGCACAACGACGCUGGCUUCUCCGUCUACACGCACUACUGCACGAAUUAUCCGCGCACGAUGAUGGUACUUACGGAGCUGACGGGGGACGAGAAGAUGGCCCCCCUGUUCAGGGAGCGACAGUUAGCUUUACGACACGCUUUACCUUUAGGAUCUUAUUUACUGAAACCAGUGCAGCGAAUAUUGAAGUAUCAUCUCCUGCUUCAGCGACUAUCGAAGCAGUGCGAUCAUCCCCACCAACCGACGGUGGAUUUGGCCCUGGCGACGAUGACCGGAGUCGCUUCACAUAUCAACACGAUGAAGCGCAAACAUGAACAUGCGGUACGUGUGCAAGAAAUACAGUCGCAGCUUUACGGAUGGAACGGGCCUGAUCUCACGGCACUUGGAGAACUUAUUGCGGAAGGGACGUUUAGAGUUGGUGGCGCUAGAGGGCGCAGACAUAUCUUUUUAUUCGAUAAAGUAUUGCUCAUCGCGAAGAGUAGGCAGGAAGGUUACUUGGCUUACAAAUCGCACAUUAUGUGUUCGAACCUCAUGCUGGUGGAGCAGGUGAGGGGGGAGCCCUUGAGCUUUCACAUCUUACCCUUCGAUAACCCCCGACAGCAGUGCACGUUACGAGCACGAUCCCCCCAGCACAAACGCGAAUGGACCCUCCAGCUCAAACGCGUCAUCCUUGAAAAUUACAGUGCCGAGAUUCCCAGUCACGCAAGACAGCUCGUCAUGCAGCUAGGGCAGAACGCAUCCGAAAUUUCAGAAGACACCUCGCCGCUUAAGCAACACUCCACCCCACAGUAUUUGGAAAGGCGCAGCCGCGUACGAAAGACCCGCGAUUUUUCGAGCAGACGGGCGGCCUCCUCCGACCGCUCCUUCGUGUCGCUGACGAGCUGGAGGCGGAAAUCCGAGCCGGGCUUCGUCAAUCAGUACACGAGCAAAACGUUGCCGAAGCGAAUCACCAAAAUUAAAAAGUCGAAAGACUACACGACCGCCAAGUUCUACACGGACCUCUCCGAUUCGGAAAUUUGCGAGUCGCAAGACAAGUGCGAGGACAUACUGGAGAGCUCGCUCGAAUGCGAGACCGAGACGGAAAUUUCGAACACGCUCGAGAAGGUCGUCUCCGAUCUCCUGAUGCAGAACGAGGAGUUUCACAAGCUGAUGACGCGUCAGCGUCGCGGCGCGAGGGAUUGCGAGCCGUGGACGAAGAGCGGCGACGAGCUGCCGAGCAAGGCCGACUCGUUACCGAGAGAUUUCCAAUUGAACGAUCAGCUCGACUGUAAGAUCGUGAACGCCGACGAGGCUCUGUCGAAUUCCAAACCGGACGUCGAAAACGAAGAUCUGCAAGAGAGUGAUCUUUCAUCUCAACUGAACGACAGCGAACAUCCCGAUCAUCGAAUAUACCGCAAAUCAGCGAUACGUUUCAGUCUAGUUCAACGUUUCCGCGCGAUCAUCUCCGAAGAGCAAAAGCGAACGGGCAAGCCGACCGUCCUGGGCAAGCGUUCGGAGAACAUAGGCGCGCGAAUCGCGCAUCCCGACUACGCCGACCCGCAGAAGCUGUUCAGAUCCUCGCAGAGUCUCAGCCAGUCGGACCUGACCGACGAUCUGAUGGGCCACUGCGAGAACCUGGACCUAUCGAUCAGCGAGACGGAGGUACUCAGCUACGGCGAGCGGGUCAAGAAGGAGUUCGAGGAGAGCAGGGCGAAUUCUAGUCAGGACUGCAAUUCUAGUCAAAAUUCCGAUAGCUACUACGAGCGCUUGUUGGAAAAAAAUCUAAACGAGGACGUCGAGGUCAAACCGAAAGUUAAACGUCCGUCGAAGGCGCCGCCCCCCGUCCCGACCAAACCGACUCGAUUACUAAGUACAACGAACAAUAAUUUAUUAGACAAUUCCAAAGAGAACGGCGAGACUGUGAGUAGCGAGCACAAUUUCCAUACGGGCAGAAGAAAAAUUUUGGUCAGCAAAGGCGCUUAUAACGUAUCGCACGAGAACGAUUUGCCCAAGGAGAAUUCGAGUAAUUUACAACCGGUAAACGCGAAGGGUUGGGUCAAAACGAUCGUCGGAAGAUUCGAAUGAUAUUCGAUGUUACAGGGGCAUGACAAUAAGUAAUUUGUUGAAAUAUUUUUUGAAAAGAGAUACCCUACUGAUUCGACUGUUAUCCAUGUACGCAUGUGCCAAAUGUAUAUUUACAAUAUGUUAUAAUAACAUAUUAAUAUUUUAAAUUAUUGUUAAACGUCUAUAUAGUUUUUUAUGAGACCUGAUAAAUGUACAUUAAGAAAUAAAACAUUUUAUCCUUUU